AUGGAGGAAAAGAAAAAGGUUUUAACCACAAGCACAGGACGCAGAAUAGACAGCAACCAAAACUCAUUAACUGCAGGAGAAAGAGGUCCGAUACUUUUAUCUGAUUUCUACCUAUUAGAGAAAAUGGCCGCUUUUGAUCAUGAGCGUGCUCCAGAGCGUGUAGUGCAUGCCAAAGGUGCUGGUGCUCAUGGAUAUUUUGAAGUCACUCACGACAUCUCAAAAUACUGCAAAGCCAAAAUUUUCAAUAAAAUCGGCAAAAGAACUCCAGCUUUUGUAAGAUUUUCCACUGUCAUUGGAGAAAGAGGGACUCCAGACACCUGAAGAGAUCCCAGAGGAUUUGCUAUUAAGUUCUAUACAGAAGAAGGGAACUGGGAUUUAGUCUGCAACAAUACCCCUGUUUUUUUCGUCAGAGAUCCAUUAUACUUACAUUUAAUAUAUUUGUAUAUUCCUAAAAUAAAAAAAAUUAUCCUAAAUUUAAUAUAAAAAAAUAUACACUUUUUUAUAAUAAAUAUAAGCCCUUAUAUAUAAUAAUCAAUAAUUUUUAUAUUUAUUAUAAAAAAAUAUAAAAAUUUUUCGAUUUUAUUCACUCUCAAAAGCGAAAUCCCCAAACAAACUUAAAAGACCAUGACGCGUAUUGGGAUUUUUUAAGCCUAACUCCAGAGUCCAUACAUCAAAUAACCUAUAUGUUUGGCGGCAGAGGAACCCCAGAUGGGUAUCGGCAUAUGAAUGGCUAUGGUUCUCACACUUUUAAAAUGGUGAACUCCAAUCAUGAAGUUUUUUAUGUAAAAUUCCAUGUGAAAUCUGACGCUGGAAUCCAUAAUCUUAAAUGGCCUGCAGCAAGUAAAUUAGCUGAAGAUAACCCUGACUAUUCCACACACGACUUGUAUGAUCAUAUUGCUAAAGGAAAUGAAGCUUCAUGGACGUUUUAUAUACAAGUAAUGCCUUUUGCUGAGGGAGAAGGGUAUAAAUGGGAUAUUUUUGAUGUCACAAAAGUAUGGCCACAUAGUGAUUAUCCAUUAAUUCCUGUUGGGAAGCUAGUUUUAAAUAGAAAUCCUAUUAACUAUUUCCAAGAAGUCGAACAGUCUGCCUUUAAUCCUGCAUCAAUGGUAGAAGGAAUCGAGCCCUCAAAUGACAAAAUGCUGCAAGCUAGACUUUUUUCUUAUCAAGAUACCCAAAGGCAUAGAAUUGGGCCAAAUUUCACGCAGAUUCCUAUAAACUGCCCAUAUGCUACCAAAGUCGCAACCUUAAAUAGAGAUGGCCCUAUGCGAUAUGACGGAAACCAUGGAAAUGAGCCGGCUUAUGAGCCGAAUUCAAUAGAAGGGACCCCAAGAGAAGCCCCAAACGCUAAAAUGCACGAAUAUGAAAUAAGUGGGAAAGCGGGGAGGUUCGGGUUUAACCAUCCAAAUGAUGAUUUUGAACAGGCUACAACAUUAUUUAGGAAAGUAAUGGAUGACGCGGAAAGAGAAGAUUUAAUCAGUAAUUUGGUAGCUCAUAUGAAAAUGGUGACAAAAAAAGAAAUCCUUGAGAGGCAGUGCGAAAUCUUUUACAGAUGUGAUCCAGAGUAUGGCACAAGAGUUGCUCAAGGGCUAGGAAUAACUCCCCCAGGCUCGAAAACUAGUGAGCAAUUAUAAGGUGAGCGCUCAUUUGGAUACUUAUGAAAAAUAUAAAUUUUUCCCAUGAAUAGCGCCAUUUGAUAAUGAAUUGGCCACGGGGUUCCUUUUUUGGUCAGAACAAGUAAUCUUGGUCAGAUCAAAAUUGAUUAAAAAUUUUAAUUUGGUCUGAUCAAGAUACUUGGUCGGACCAAAAAAGCAAUCGUGGCGAUUUCAUGGCAAAAUGACGCUUUCUGGGAAAAACUUAUAUCCCUGAAAAGAAAAAAAGUUUAAAAUUUUUUUUAAAAAAAAUAAAUAAGGCCAAAUUUGCUUUUUUAGCUAAAAAAUGUCAUUUAUAAAAAAAUUUCAGAAAUACAAAGCAAGCUAUGUGGUAUAUCCGCAUAA